AUGUUAUGUGUAUCUGAUAUUAAACGUCUCCAUAACUUCACCUUAAGGUGCACUCACAUCGAGGAGAAGGGAAACGAACAGAAGAGAAUCUCUCGCUCGUUCCUUGACACAAAAUCAAAUGACGCACACCGGAUGCGAGAAUACUUCUACUGUCCGAAGUGUAACAAAGAAUACACCAAAUAUUCGUCGUACAGAUACCACGUGAAGUAUGACUGUGGAAAUUCUCAGUUCAUGUGUACGUAUUGCUCAAGGAUAAUGUACCGGAAGAGCAGCAUGAAGAGGCAUAUUUUAAAACAUAAAGUCGAUAACUGGGAAAGCUACUUCAAAGUUAUGAGUACUGUCAAAUCUCGCAAGGUGACUUGCGGUUACUGCAACCAGAUUAUCGAAAAUCCUGAAGGACUACCCCGGCACUUCCGAGAGAGGCACAAGGUGCUACCUUACAGAUGUGGCCGCUGUGGAAUCAUCUUUGAUCAAAUCCAGCUACUGAGAAAGCACGCAGAUAAGUGUAAAGGCCAAUCAUUGCUGAACAACGAACGAGUCUACAUUAAACCUAAAACAUGGGCUGUAUGGCAACCAUGUGAUAAAGAUCGAAAAUAGAGACACUGUAUUUUGUUACCGUAUUCUUUCUUUUAUUUCAUUUGAGUUCUCGUUUAAAGUUUAUAUAAAAUAAAUAAAGAUGUUUUAUUACCACAG